AUGGCUAAUCUGGCAAAUACUGCUUUUCCCGUGGAGCCUAAAGAAUUCCCUUCGGUGGAUAGCAAGGCUUCAGAUAGUGAGCCGAAUACACACGCAGUCACAUCAAUUGCAUUUACUGACAUGAUACUCCAGCCACCUCGACUCCCGCCCAGGCCCAGGCAUUUUCUUCCCAGUCCCAGUCCUUCUCCGUGCCCCGAAAGGCAGUGCACAAUGUACCCGGAGAGGAGAAAUAUGCCGAUCAACCACGCACAAGCACAUUGAAACAAAUGGGUACGCAGAAUCUCGGCUGGAUGAUAUGAUGGUUGAGGCAAAUGUACUAAUCGUUCUAGGAGCAGUCAAUCCGGACAGCCUCUACAAGUACACCAGCGUGAGAUAUCCCAAUAACUUACUGUUGACUUCACGGCAUUAGCUUACGAUUGAUAAUAGUGGGAAGACCCAGUCCGCACCCUCGGCUCGUACGUUGGUAUUAUGAGCCUCCUCUGCGGAGCACACUACCUUCCCCUUACUCAAACAGCUCUCAAGGCGGGAGCUACGAUUCUUGGAGGUACGCAUCAAUUGGUCAAUAUUGGUAGUAAAAGGAGUGUAUACUGACCAUGUUGCAUCCAGUGGCCGCGACCGUCGAGUACGCCCAUCGCUCCUUCACUCGCAACACAAUCCUUGCCCGUCUCCGCCCAGCCGAGUAUAAGAAGAUCCCAGAGCCAGUCCUCAACGACACACUCAAAGAUGUCCACGAUCUUGUGCAAUAUCUCGUUGUCGAGGCCCAGAGAAUCGUUCUCGGCGAAAACUUGGGGAAAACCUUUGGAGUACGUUUGCUUGACUGCCGGGCCCUCGGGAAUUGAGCGUUGGCUAAUUGAUACGCAGGCUUUCAUUACUCUCGCUACCUUGUACUGGCUCGUGAAAAUCGUCUCGCCAUUCGGAUUGGUCCUCUUGGGCACCACCGCGCUCUACGCGGCCCCCCUCGUUACAUCUCGCCAGGGCCGCGAAGUCCUCGAAGCUGCCAAAGCUCGCACUGCAGACAUGAGCAACGCAGCCUUAGAGAGCUCCCAGGCACUUGCCCAGGCUGGAAAGGACAAGGCUGCUGGACUCUCAACCGCGACUCAGCAGACUGCCGCAGACGCCAAGCGACGUGCCGGAGAACUCGUGCAGGGCGGAACCAGUCCAUCCAAGACCACAGAUGAACAUGCCAACGCCUUGAUGGAGGCGGCCAAGAAUACCGUUGGAAAACCCUCCGACAAGACAAGCCGCGCUGUUGGCCAAGAUCUUGACCAGAAGCCUCGUUCCAGCCAUGAUACCACCGCUGUCCAUUCGCACAAAGAUGCAGGGAACAUGAAUCUCUCCGGCAGCAAGUCUGCAGGCGUAGGUAAACUCACCGACCCAUUGUCCAAUCCUCCGGCCACUGCUGGCGGGAUCGCAAAGGAGCACACCCAUAAGUAUGCAGAGCCUGCACGUCAACCUCCAUCUUACCAUGAAUCGCGCCUGGCCGACAUUGGCCUCGGCUCGGUAGGAAAGCCCAUUGUUGAUACCGGCGACAGCCAUUACGAGCUCAAGAACACCUCACAAGGCUUGAGAGACGUGACACAGUCCACUCCUAGAAAACACGAUGCCAGUACAUCCGUGGCUACUACCAGUGCAGCACCUGGCCUUGCCUCAGAAGUGGAACAGGAACAGGCUGA